CGCCUCUUACAUCAUUUUUUCAGGACUUUGCUGGCCUCUGACGAUAUUCACAAUACCCGACGUUGCUCGUGGAUAAGACGUAAUGAAGGUAAGGAGACAUAGGUUUGCCAAUUUGGCUUCGGCGUUUCGUCCUUUUAUAGUCCUAGUUGCCUAUCUCAAAAUCUAUGAUCUCAAUAUCCCAAAGCUCUUUUCGUCAUUUUUGUAACUCGUGAUACGGUCGAGAUGCCUCGCUAUACGUCCUCUUCUCCCUCUGUUUCUCCGACCUCACACACUUACACAUCAUCCAACUCCAACUCUCAUCGUAGUAGUGUCUCUUCGGACUCAGGUUCACCGCGCCAACGCCGGCCGCCACCGGUUCAUUCCGAUAGUGGCAAAGAUAUCCUUAAGACCUCCCUCGUUUUUCUCGGCGUCAUCGGAGCUGCUUCUAUCGCAGCUUCGAGAUAUUGGCCCAAGGGCGUCUUAUACGGCCCGAAAGAAUCAUGGGCGCAGGAAGCGAAAGAUGCCAAAGAAGAUGUCAAACAUAUCAUGAAGGGAGAUAGAGAUCACCGGAGAAGGUCUCACAACAGCAGCCACGGCGAUCAAGACUCCCCACGCAGACGACCUCCCCAUGUUAGCAUGCGAGAUGCACCGGUAGCACCGGGGCCUACUAAUCGAAAUAUGUAUGUCGGUGCGGCUCCGGCUCGGCAAUCUGAUGAUGAUGGAAGCAACCAAAGCAGACGGCGCAUCGUCGAUCCUCGGGAAAGAAGAAGGUUUAGUGAAGAACCACUUAGGUCGAGGGAAUUUAAGGCUUCGCCAACUGUGGAGUGAGAAGAUUCGUGGUUAAAGUUGGUUGUCCCCAACAACAGCAGGCUUUAAGAGCCUUCAAGAGCCU